CUCUUCCUCCCCAGCGUGGCACGGAUCACUCCUCAUACACAAGCUGCCCGCUGCACGCCGCCGCCGCCGCCGCCGCUGCUGCUGCUGUCAGCGUGAAGGCAGGCGGAUGUCCUGAUGGCUCUUAUUUCUAAUGACUUUCACACCAUGUUGUUGUGCGUCGCGGCUGCUCUGCUUCUACUUGUUCUCUCUCCCUGCUGCCGGACGUCUGUUGGAGCGGACUGACUGAAGGCGGAUGCCCGGGGUGUGAGAUCAGCUCGGCGGAUCGCUGCAGUCAGGGAAGACGCUCCAAUAACCUCCAUCUCUGCCCAACGGAGAGUCCUCUUGGAGCUGUUUGGAAGGCUGCACGACUAUGACUCUGAGCUCCUGAAGAUUUACCUUAAAAAAUCAUUUGAAACCCACCUGAUUCCUCGAUGGGUUCCCGCAGCCAUGGCUUCUUCCAACACCACCACCACCACCGCAGCGCCAUGGUGCCCACUAUGGUGCCGAGGCUACUUCCCGAGAACAGCAGCCUGCUGGGGGGGAUUGCGCAGAUCACCCCCAACCUCUUCCUCAGCAGAGGCAACGUGGCAUCCAACCGCAGCCUGCUGCUUUCCAAAGGCAUCACCUGCGUGGUCAACGCGACCAUCGAGCUCCCCAACUUCAACUGGCCUCACAUGGAGUAUGUGAAGGUCCCUCUGGCAGACAUGCCACACUCCCCACUCUCCCUGUACUUCGACAGCGUGGCCGAUAAGAUCCACAGCGUGGGGCGAAAGCGCGGCGCGGUGCUGGUGCACUGUGCGGCGGGGGUGAGCCGCUCGGCCUCGCUGUGCCUGGCGUACCUCAUGAAGUACCACCGCGUGUCCCUGGCCGAGGCCCACGCCUGGGUCAAAGCCCGCCGCCCCGUCAUCAGGCCCAACGGGGGCUUCUGGCGCCAGCUCAUCGAGUACGAGAGGAAGCUGUUUGGUCGAAACUCUGUCAAGAUGGUGCAGACUCCCUACGGGGUCAUACCUGAUGUUUAUGAGAGGGACCGCAGGAGUCUGGCUCCGUCCUGGGGCCUUUAAGAGCCACACUUAAGUGAGAAGCAUGUGGGUGUACAUCGGUGUGUGUGAUGAAUUCUGGUGCGUUUGGACAAACGGGGACCAAACACUGGUUUUUGGUGCCGUUUGUCCAACCAGUUCGCUCUAUGUGGUCUUUGUGCUCCAGCAAAGCAGCUUCAACCCCCAGGAUCCUUCGAGCCAAAGGAUCAGUCGGGACAUCGAUGAUUUUGAUUGAGACGAACGGCAGCAACUUCCACUCUCUGAUCUUGUUUUGGUGUCUAUAUUACACUCCCACUGAAGGAAGAGCAUCCGGUGAAGGCUUCGGCUGUUCUGGAGACUCGGACAGCGGUGUCACUGAAGCCCCCUUUCCUGACGUGAUGAUGUCCUGUGGUGGUAUUGUGCCAGUUAUGCAGUAAUCUUUAGUGUGAAGGGCAGCAGCAGCUCUCAAUUCGUGGUAUAAUAUAAGUGUACGGAAGAAAAAAACGCAGACAAAUGUACUGAUAGUGAGGAACAAACGGCACAUUUCAAGUCGAGGGUUCACGAUGGUGUUGUAUCUUCUUUCUUUGAGUUGAAAAGAUGGAAGUAAGGAAAAAGUCAAGAUCUUUGGAAAGCUCCUGGGUAACACAGGGUUGACUGUUUCAUCAUGUGAUCACACUAUGUUAUCGAAGUGCUAUUUGAUGCUGUAUUUACAUAAAGAUAUCUCGCGCCACAAUGGAAUCUGUAGCUCUACGAUAGACGCUUGUCUUCACCUCAUUUUUUGCCUGUUGUCCAAUGAUUGCAAAUGAUUUGUCUUUUUCUUUGUAAAUCCGCCUAAAAGAGCGUUGUCACACAGGCUGAACAUCCUACUUCUGGUUGAAAUGUUUAACUUCACUGCAGAAUAUCACAAUGCACACCAAGCCCAAGGCACACCAAUAUUAUCACAGUGGCUUGAAUAAUUGGCUUGUUGAAACGUUUUAUUUUCCUUUUUUAGUUGUAUUUUUUUUCUUCUAAAGGUAUUCAUAAUUUUUUAAUUUCUUUUGUGAUUUCUUUUCAGAUUCACUGAACAAAAAAUGUGAUAAAACAUCGUUAAUGACCAAAAAAAGGCGAUAUAAUUAAAUGGAUAGGGGGGCGUCAAUUGCUCUUUAGAAUUUUUGGAUCCACUCUUGAUGACAUUAUUCAUCAUUUCGCCUUGUAUGCAGACAUUUUCCCAACGUUGUUGGUGGUCCCUGCUUUGAUCCUUAGAGAAGAAGUCAACUUUUCCAUUGAGUAUAUUUCCUCUACAAUGACCAGCCUCCCAUUUCAACCAGCUCCUUGUGACGGCUUUUUUACAUGCGAGUAUCAGGAUUCCAAAGAGGUAGAUGUGCUUCUGAUGAAUUAUGUUGCCAGGUACCAGUCCCAGGUACACGAUACGUGGGUCCCUGGGAAUCUUGUAGCGUAGGAUGUCCUCCAGAGACUGGAAAAACUCUGAGCUCAGAGAUAUUCUUUCCCCCUUUUGUGACAAAGCCGAGCUUUAACCGUGUAACGGGAGCUGCGAUUUUAGUAGGAUACAGCAGAAAUAAAGAGAUGCUGUCAGCUCAGGUGCUCUCCAGGCUGCCCGUGGAAUAAAGCACCACUACUGUUCAAAACCUUCCCACAUUGCACUUUGUUGAUUGACUAAGGCAUCAGGACAUGCCAAUCAAACUCAAACCAUCAGCCUAUUGACGUUUUAGCAGUAGGACCUGAAUUUGCGUCCAACGUAUUUUCAAUCCUCUUAUUUCCAAGCACGGACUCACGUUGCGCCAUCAGAAAAACUUCAAUUUGAUCUCAUCUGCUUCCCACAAUUUGGCACUUCAGAGUCGUACAUGGGUUCUUCUAUCAGGCCCCCAGUGUGGUUCACAGCCCAUUUACAUGCAUCUGAUGAAGUGACGUGAAGUGUUUGGGAGUGUGAGGUGUCUGAAAUGUAUUACACAUUAAAAUAAAAAAGAGCACAUUCCAGAGAUACGUCAUGGUCAAAGUUGUUAACAAUAAUCUGUAUAUUUACCAAUCUCACCUCAUUGUUCCAGCACCAUAUGUAUCCCAUUACUUCAACGAUAUUUCCUAUGCUGCAGGAGCAGUGCGACAACAAUGCCAUAAUACAUUAAAUGUGAUAUUACAAUAAUAAUUAAAGAUCAGGUGUCAAUAAUUGUUAAUAGGAAGGAGAUUUUCUGUAAUCUGACUUCUAAUCCUUUGAUUCCCCGAGACAGUCAUAUUAAAGUGGUGUUAUGAAAAAAAAGAUGUCAUGUCACUGUU